AUGCAUAUCCAGGACCGAUCUGACUUCGUACCACCGCACAACGGCAGGAAUGUUUUGCCCAACUGUCCCUUCUUCAAUCAGAUGCUGCGGCUGGCUCAUGAUGCGCCCGCGAGACCCAUCGUCGCCGACGUCAACCUCGACGUAGAGAAAUCCCGAAUCCAGUUGCUGACUGAUGUCCUGGAGAUGCGGAAUGACCUUCUUGAACGCCUGGAUGAGACUAUAGCAAAGGACCUCCUGGGCCGUGGUGAUGGUGGAGCACGCGUCUUUGUCGCGGUCCUGGCUCCAGGAGGCUACGAGUUCACCGUAGCAGUUCUCGGCCUCCUCGCCCUGGGAGCUGUCGUGGUUCCCAUCAGCCCGCAGGCUCCUGUGGAGGAGGCGUCUUAUUUUAUAGAAAAAGCCCAGUGCGUAGCGGUGCUGACGGCCGGAAACUGCGACCAGCUCGGGACCGUCUUGGAAAACGCCGUCAGAAGGCUGCGUAACAAGUCCGACUUUUGCAGGAUCCUCAUUGCGCCCUUGCUCAAGAGUUGGAGCUAUCGACCCCAGGACAUAGUGAUCUCGUCGGACAGAUACCCGGACGACAAUGCGCCGGGUUUCGUCAUUUUUACAUCCGGAACCACAGGCAGGCCGAAGGGCGCACUGCAUCGACGGGCCAUGAUCCACGAAGUCGCGCGCUCAGUUGCAGACCACUACAAGGUCGCAGAAGAAGACCGCAUCCUACACCUCCUCCCCGUGCACCAUGCCACCGGUGCUUAUCUCUCCUUCUUCCCCUUCCUGAUUCGCGGCGCUUGUAUUGAGUUCCGUAGCGGGCCGUUCAGCGCCGAGUGGACGUGGGAGAGGUGGAAACGGGGAGGGGUCACCUUCUUCACGGGUGUCCCUACCAUGUAUGUGCGGAUGAUGCGCCAUUUCCAGCAGCAGCAACAAUCCUCAUCCUCACCCUCUGCGAACAUCGAGUCCGUUACGACAGCAGCGGCGGCCACGCGGAUCCGCGGCAUGCUCUGCGGCACGUCCGCUCUACCCCGGCCCGUGGAGGAGUUCUGGGAAACCCUCAGGGGAGGCAAACGCAUCCUGACACGCUACGGGAGCACGGAGUCUGGGGCGGUUUUCAAAAUGGCCCUUGACCCCGGUGACACCCCUUCUGGCUCUGUCGGGGUCUGUUCUCCUGGAGUGGAAGUCCGUUUCGCAGACGGGAGCGAUGAAGGCGAACUGUUGGUCAAGAGCCCAAGUAUGUUUAUGGGGUAUCUCUCCGACGAGCAGGCCACGCGAGCCGCGCACGACGCUAAUGGCUUCUACAAAACGGGGGACAUCGCACGGCGCGAAGGGGCGUACUACUUCAUCCUGGGCCGCGCGUCCGUGGAUAUCCUCAAGUCGGGCGGCUACAAGAUCUCGGCGCUCGAUGUGGAGCGCGAGUGCCUGGGCCUGCCGUACAUCAAUGAGGUGAUGGUCGUGGGCGUCGACGACGCGGAAUGGGGCCAGCGCGUCGCCGCGGCCGUGAGCCUGCGCGCCGACCAGACGACGUACGCGUACUCGUUCCGCGGCGGCAGCGAUGACGGGUCCAGAGGAGGACGGCAACUCACGCUCGAGCAGCUUAGAAAGGAUCUCGCCGAUAAGCUGGCCAGGUACAAGCUCCCCACGCUCCUGCGAGUCAUCGAUGGCGAGCUGCCGAAGACGGCGACGGGGAAAGUGUCCAAGAAAGCCACAGGUCCUUUACUCUUCCCUGAGAACUACGCGCAGAUUCCCGACGUCCAGAUAUGGUCUGCUAGUGCUCCCGCUCUCAAGAAGGAUGCGGCGAGAAAGGCAAAGCUUUGA